CAACACGUCUGCGACCUCUCCUCCACCUAGCUGUGCGACCGGCCCCGACGCUCCCUUGGGCCCCAAGGCCCUUUGGGCGCAUCGGGCGCCUGCGCCACAGCGCCAGGCUUAAAACUUUUCUCAAACAACAGGACAGGAACUUCACUCUGCUUAGAAAUGGCACAGCCAGCGCAGCUACCGAAGCAGCCAGACCUACAGGACCUUGCCGGCCUGUUUCUUUCAGCGGCUUCUGUUCUUGCUCCUGGCGUUCUUGGCGCUGCAGCCCAGGGAUCUGUUGCAGUUGGUGGCCACCAGCCUCCCCCAUUGCCUCCCCACCUGCUGCAUCCCACGGCGCUUGGACAACCAGUGGAUGGCGAUGGGCUUCCUUUAUCUAUCUCAGCGAACGGUCAGCGGACAGCAAGGGGCAACAAAGCCGCAACAAAGAAUAAGGACUUUCCAGACUUGACAAACAUGGGGGCGCUGCAAGCGCACGCCCUUGAGGUCAUCGCGAGCCAACAGCCGUUUGCAUCUUUGCAUGCGCUGGGCCAGCAACUUCCUACCGACACCGCGACAGCUGCGGCCGCAGCGGCCGCGGCAGCUGCUGCAGUAGCAGCGGCAGCCGCGGAGGCCCAGCAGCAACAUACCAGCAGUUUGCAACCUGGGGGCAGCGACGGUGUAGGCCUCCAGGACGCGCCCACGGUUGUGGCAAAAAAGCGGCGGAGAGAAACAGCGGCCGAGAAUGAAAGCGCUGGUCUCAUCUGGACAGAUGAGCGGGUGCAGCUUGUUUUCGAGACUGUCAGGAGCAACAUGGCAGCAAACAAGAAGCCUGACUACCCGGGUCUCAUCAAGGCGCUGGGAUGGGAGAACGUGCCGGACCAGCACAAGGUGGUCCUCAAGCUGCGCAACAAGUACAGCGCCAUGCGACGUAUCGUGGAGAGCGGCGCUACGUUUGAGGAGCGCAUCGCACCCAAGGUGGACUACCCCUAUCCGCUGGUGCGCAAGGUUAAGGAGGUGCUCAAGACUUUCCCCAACUGCUCGGCGACGGUGAAGGAGGUGUGGGAGGCCAUGGAAAACGACCCGUACUACAGCCCGUACCUGGACCGGCGGCCGCAGACAACGGAUGGCCGGCGCUUAACACGUUGGCAAAAGCAGGUCAGCCGCAUCCUGACAAGCCGCGUGCGGUUCGGUUUCAUCAACACGGGUACCAAGAAGGAUGGGCUGUUCGUGUACAAGUACGACCAGGCGCAAGACCACACCACGCGCAAGGCGCGCCUCAAGUUUGACCUUGCUACGGGGCCACCCGGCAUGCACGGCAUGCCGCUGCCGCAUGGCGCCAUGCUGAACCCCAUGGAGGACAUGGUGGACGAGGAGGAUGACGACGACGAGGAGGCGGGAGCGGACGGCGCCGGCGGCUCGAAGCGUGCUGCUGCUGAGAAGCGAUCGGCCGUGCUCCGGGCGGCGCUGCUUCCGCGAACCGCUCUGGACGUUGGCGUUGACCCGCAUACCGCUCCUAGGCAUCGCAGCAACCGGCCGCUGCGUCCGGCCUCGGCAGCAGCUGGAGCGCAGCAGUCCAACCACCAGGCAGCGGCGGCUGCGGCGGCUGCUGCGGCGGCUGCCAGCCAGGUGAACAUCCAGCAGAUGGGACAAAUGCUGGCGGCAGCAGCGGCGGCAGGGCAAGCGGGCGCGCUGGCGGGUCAACAGCCGUUUGCGCAAAUGGUUGCGGAGGCGGCAGCAGCGGCGGUUGGAGCCAACGGCAUUUCGUCAGCUACAUCGGCAGGGAUGGUGCUGCCACCUAUGGGCAUGGUUCAGCCCCAGCAGAUGUCUCCAGGCCAGAUGGGAACGCCGCAGCUGUCCAUGGCUCCGCAUGACGCGGCUAUGCUGUCUUCCCUUGUGAACAACCCGCAGAUGGCGGCCGCAAUGGCGGCUGCAGCCAUGGGCGGCGACCCCAGCCAGGUAGCCGCGAACAUGGCGGCAGUUGCCGCUGCGGCCGUGGCAGCAGCCAGCGGUGGCGGGGCAUUGGGCAAGCGGUCGACAGGGCGCCUAGCGCGGACAUGCUCAGAGUCCUUGGCCGGUGCAGACGGCAUGGCGGAUAUUGACAUGGGGGCCGCGGUGGAGGAUGAUGGGCAGCAGCAGCUGGAGCCUGGCAGCGCGGCGGCGGCAGCGGCAGCCGCGGCCGCAGCGGCCGCUGCGGCGGCUGGCUUAGCGAAUGGACAAGGGCUGCUUGAAGCUUUGACUGCUGCAAGCGGGCUUGGAGGCGCGUCGGGCCUGCCCGCGAGCGCGCUCAGUGAUGCUGCCAUGCACUUUGCACAGAUGCAGCAGCACCACCAACUGCACUUGCCGGGCCUGCAAGGGCUGACGCACCAUGCGUUGGGCGGCAAGGACGGCAGGGCAGAGUACGCUGGGGAGGAUAUGCAUGACCAGGCGGCAGGCGGCGAGGUGACUGAGGAGGAGCAUGCACAUGCCCACGGCCAUGCGGAUGGUGGCCAUAUGGCCCCUCGGGCACCCCAUGAUGCGCAGCUGGAGGGUCCAGGCCCGGGAGCGCACCAUGGCGAUGUGGGGGUGCUUCAACACCACCACCAUCACCACCACCACGGCCACCACCACCCGCAGCAGGCAGCAGCUGACCACACGGCUGUGCUUGAGGAGAACGCGGCUGCAGCGGCAGCAGCGGCCGCUGCGGCCGCAGCGGCGGCGGCGGCAGCUGCGCCGCAUGGGGCGUCCGGGGACACUCAGCAGGGGGAUGUGUCCGGCGAUGGAACGAUGGCUGCGGCGGCAGCAGCAGCGGCAGCCGCGCACGAUAGCUUGAUGCAGCUCCAGGCGAUGGGGCUGGGAGCUGCGGCCGCGGAGUACCUGCAGGUCUCACAGCACCUGAUGCAGUACGCGGCCAACCCGGCAAACGCCAAUCAAUUGCUGAUGCAGCUGUCGCAGCAGACGCAGCACAUGCACCAUCACAUGCAGCACCCGGGGCUAGACAUGCAGUACCAGGACCCCCAGCAACAAGCCGAGGAGGCUGCGGCGGCGGCGGUUGCUGCGUCACAGCAGCAGGGCGAGGCUGGACUAGCAGAGCAGCAUCAGCCUGGCGGGCAGUUGCAGGGAGGGCAUCCCCAGGACGUGUCGAUGAACAUGCUGCUGCUGGGCUUGGGGCCGUUGCUCGGGCUACAACAGGUGUUUGGCGCACCGCCGUCAGCAUCUGAAGCAGGGGGUUUGGACGAUUCUAGCACAGGAAUAGUGCAGAAAUGAAGCGGGCGGUCUCCACGAUGGGUCUGUGAGUGACUUCAGUAGCAAUGCCAGCCAUGCGGUUUGUGGCAGUAUAGUUGCGUAAGGGUUGUGGGGGUAGAAAGGGGACCGCUGGUGCUCCAGCGGCGCCGGAUGGCUGACUUGGUAAAAACAUGCCUGAACUAAACAGUUUGAAGUGUACGGGUAAGCUUUCCGCAAUGAAUGCAUUAUGGCCUCUUGGUGGUGCAUGUCGUUUCGUGCCAUAAUACUAAGAACUGUGGGUGUUGCAACUUGUCCUUUCUAUGUGC